AUGGAAGGACCUAAGGAGGUACCGAUAGGGUGUCCAGGGGAGGGACCUAAGGAGGUAGUGGGUCCAGGGGAGGGACCUAAGGAGGCACCUGGAGUGGGUCCAGGGGAGGGACCUAAGGAGGUACCUAGAGUGGGUCCAGGGGAGGGACCUAAGGAGGUACCUAGAGUGGGUCCAGGGGAGGGACCUAAGGAGGUACCUAGAGUGGGUCCAGGGGAGGGACCUAAGGAGGUACCUAGAGUGGGUCCAGGGGAGGGACCUAAGGAGGUAGUGGGUCCAGGGGAGGGACCUAAAGAUGGACCUAAGGAGGCACCUAGAGUGGGUCCAGGAGUGGGACCUAAGGAGGUACCUAGAGUGGGUCCAGGGGAGGGACCUAAGGAGGUACCUAGAGUGGGUCCAGGGGAGGGACCUAAGGAGGUACCUAGAGUGGGUCCAGGGGAGGGACCUAAGGAGGUAGUGGGUCCAGGGGAGGGACCUAAAGAUGGACCUAAGGAGGGACGAAGUGGGAGUACAGGUGACUGA